GGCGCUUUCGCGCAGUUGCCGAAUGUGCUCGCCAGUGUGUUCGUGCAGAAAACUAAAGGAGAGACUGCUGAGUUGAACAAGGUAGUUAUUGCAACGAGAAAGGAAGGGGAUAUUUAGCUAAUCUUUUACAAGACUAAACUGGACCAGAGGACCUCUCUCCCUUGCAUACAUGCGUUAAAGGGAGGGAGGGGAACGGCACAAAAUGAUGUUUGAAGUACCCUCUACAGUGAACUUGCGAGAGUGUUUUUGCUGAGUUGAAAAUAUUAAGUUUAGGUUCGAGAAAAACAAGGUAACUCGAGCGCAAUGGAGAGCCAACCACCCGAGCCGCAAAUCUACGAGGACGUUCGAAAGAGCGGCUAUCUCCGCAAGCAGAAAUCCAUGCACCGGCGAUACUUCGUGCUCCGGACGGCCUCGGAGAGGGGCCCGGCCCGGCUCGAAUACUACGAGAGCGAGAAGAAAUUCAGAGGAAAGACACCCGUCCCCAAGAAAGCCCUGGUGCUGGAGACGUGUUUCAACAUCAAUAAGCGGGCUGAUGCCAAGAACAAGCACAUGCUAGUGCUGUACACUCGGGCGGAGAGCUUUGCCAUCGCGGCAGAAAACGAGGCGGACCAGGACGAAUGGUAUCAGGCCAUGGUGGAGCUGCAAUGCAAAAGUAAGGUGGCUAGUACUGACACCGGUCCGGGAGGGGACUACGGUGUACCAACCCCAGGCCCCGCUUUCAAGGAGGUGUGGCAGGUCAAGGUGUGGCCAAAGGGGCUGGGCCAGGCCAAGAACCUGGUGGGCGUCUACCGGCUGUGCCUGACUGAGAAGACGGUCAACUUCGUCAAGCUUAAUUCAGACGCCGCAGCCGUGGUCCUGCAACUGAUGAAUGUGAGGCGCUGCGGUCACUCCGAGAACUUCUUCUUCGUGGAGGUUGGUCGUUCCGCGGUCACGGGCCCCGGGGAGUUCUGGAUGCAGGUGGAUGACUCUGUGGUGGCCCAGAACAUGCAUGAGACCCUGCUGGAAGCAAUGAAGGCCUUGAGCGAGGAGUUCCGCCAACGCAGCAAGUCGCAGUCCAACUCCGGACCAGGAGGGGGCGCUACAGCCUCCAACCCCAUCAGCGUCCCCUCGCGACGCCACCACCCCAACCCGCCCCCCAGCCAGGUGGGCUUCACCCGCAGGCCCCGCACUGAGCCGCCUGGAGGGGCUGGAACUGGGGGCAACAGUGCCAAUGCAUCGCCCACUCCCCGCCACAGCUUCCCCAGGUCACGCACAGCCAGCGACGGGAGUAAAGGUGAAGAAGGUGUGUGUGGAGGGGUAGGGCAGAGUUCCAGUCUUACUACCAACGGGUCCUGCUCCACCACGCCCAUCCUCAGGUCCAAAUCGGCCCGCUCGGCCCCCACCCUGGCCAAGAACAACCCCAUGGGCCUGAUGCGCUCUGUCUCCACCCCAUCCCCCUCCCCGGCCCCCAGCCUCUCCUCCAGCUCCGGCCACGGCUCAGAGUUUGGGAUAGUGGUGGGUGCGACCGGAGGAGGGAGUGGUGGAGCAGGGGCCAGUGCAUACAGCCGCGUCCCCUCGCACAACGCUUCCGUGUCGGGCUCCCCCAGCGACUAUGGCUCCUCGGACGAGUACGGCUCCAGCCCUGGGGAGCAAUCCCCCCACUCCCUCCUGGCCCCCUUCCCCAACAUGCCUGGAGGGUCAGCCGGGUCGGGCGGCCACGGUCAACCCCUGGACGAUGAGGCUGCUAACUACACCCUAAUGGGUCAGCGUGGUGGUGGAGCCACGUCAUCUGGCUGUCUGCCUGCUGGUGCAUCCAGCUCAGCCACCUCCCACCAGGCCCAGACCAAGAGGGUCUUGCGUCGCUCCUCCAGCCGGGAAUGUGAGGCUGAGAGGGGACUGCUGAGCAAGCGGGCGUCCCUGCCCCCCAUGGCACUGGAGCGCCUGGCCCCACGGCCCCGCAGGGGGGAGGAGGAGCAGGACGAGGAUGCGGCCGACUACGCCAUCAUGUCACGAAGCACCAGCAGGGAGUCCUUCACCACCUCCUCUUCACGGAGAGAUUCUGAAAUAAGCCCCGGUGGAGAGGGGGGAGGAGGGGGGUACCUGGAUGUGGCUGGAGAGUUGGGUGGAGGUGGAGGUGUAGUGCGGGAUAAUGGCUACAUGUCCAUGCUCCCGGGAGGAGUGACCCAACCCUCUGUCAACCUCACCAACUCUCUUUCCGCCUCGGUUGCUGACGAGUCCAAGCUGGCGGACGACUACAUGGCCAUGACACCCAACAACAGCGUAUCACCGCCACAACAGAUCCGGCCCCCUCCCGGAGACGGCUACAUGAUGAUGUCACCCAACAGCAGCUGCUCUCCGGACCAGCGUGGUGGCCUGGCAGGCGGGGCCUGGGUGGGUAGCAGCAGCGCGGACAGCCGGGCGGGCAGCGACUACAUGAACAUGUCCCCCAUCAGCGCCCGCUCGGCCAACAGCAGCCCCCCUCCCCCCGAGCACCCCCCCUCAGACAGACCCCCAUCCCAUUCAGCAGGCCCCUCAGACAGACCCCCAUCCCCUUCAGCAGGCUCCCAAGAUGGUCUACUCCUACUACUCACUGCCCCGCUCCUACAAACACACGCCACCUGGUGGACACUUUGAGGACGGCCGAGGAAGGAGGCCCAAUGGGAGCGGUGGUGGUAGAGGGGUUGGCAGGGCAGUGGGUGGUCGUCAAGACCCCAAUUUGGGUGCGGUCCAAGGUCGCCACCUGUCCCUCUCCUCGUCCUCAUACUCCUCCAGCUCGGCCAGCAGCGAGAGCCUAGGGGAGAAUGAGGACAGGUCUUCCCAGGGAGCAGGCCCCUCAGGUGGGGGAGCUCACUCUAAAGACAUAGGGCUCCUCCAGCAGAGACGGGCGGCCCCCAAGCAGGGCCAGCAAGGGGGAGCCAGGACCCGGCCGGUCAGCCUGUUUGUGGACGUUUCCAAAGCCAACACCCUCCCCAGGGUCCGUGAGAACCCCCUCCACCCGGAGCCCAAGAGCCCAGGGGAGUAUGUGAGCAUCCAGUUCAGAGGAGGGCCCGGAGGUGGGGAAGGGAGGGGACUCAGACAUGGGAUGUCCCUCCCUCGCGGUUCCAGCCAGCGCCCCUCACACCAGCCCACGUCCUGCCUGGCGGGGUUCCUGCCCCUCUCCCGCAGCCCCUCUGCCCCCCUGACACCCCUCACCCCACCAUCAGCCUCUGAGUAUGUCAACAUGGACCUGGGGCCCUCUCCGUCCCCCUCGCCCCUCUCCCUGACA